AUGGCCACGAUCCAACAGUACUCUAGAGCCCAGGAUGGGUCCAUCCAGCGAUCCCGGUCUGCCCGGUUAGCGGAUCAAGGUGAGCUUUAUGAUGGCUAUUUCUUCCAAAGAAUUUUUGGAGAGCCCACUGAAAGGAAACUGACCUCGUUGCCUCAAACAGCCGCGACAGCUGCGCUCUAUGUGACACAUCCAGAACGGAGACUCUCCGUGCGUGAGCCCGCAGUGGCGGAGACGCAAGCAUUCAGUCGAAUCGAUCUGAGUCAUGCGUCAGCGGGAGCUGCCCUUGCGCAUGCGAAGAGUCGACGCGGGAGUUUGACCCCGGCACGGACGGGCACUGCAGGGUAUCAGGUGUUCGAGGGGCGUGUCGCCGAGGCCUCCCCACCCCGUCCUAGUUCGGAGGUAUACAAAGCCGCCCUGUCGGCGGUCAGAGAGUCGAGGCCAAUAACCAGUUUACCUCCGGUGGUCACCGGCUACAAGCAUGACAUUUCGACGACACCAGACGAAUUCUACGAUAUCCAGCGGGAUAGCCUCGACAGGGAUAAGGCUAUCCGUGCUGCCACAGGUGCAUACCGCAUGAGUAGGACAAGGGCCGAUUCCGCCCCCAGCAAGCCCCCAGUGACACGCGAGGCGCCCUACGCCGCUUCAGUGGCAGGCAGCGUCAAGCCUGAAACAGAGGUGGAGGCCCCGCUUGCGAAAAUUGACAGUUCCUUAGAGGCGAGCAGGAUCAAUCACCUGGCGCGUGCCAAUGCUCAGCUCUACACUGAGCGACCGUUUGUAGGCCUGGAGGACAAGGACCGGAGGAACUCCCUGCGAGCUGCUACUCUCUCGAUGUCGCGUGACACGUAUGAAAUUACAGAGACAUCGCGCGAAGAGGAACGGCCGAGAGAACCCAGUGCAGCUCUCUAUGCGGCUCAAAGAGGGCACAACCGCAUGCAAGCCCAGAGAACUGUUACCAAAACCGAUCCCAACGCUCUCCAGCAAGCCAUCAGCUUACAGCAAGCGGCUCAACAGCGGGCAGCAGAGAAACUGGCCAAGCUACACGAAGAGUCGUAUCAGGAAUACUAUGGCGUCGAUUCUCAAGCUCCCCGCCCCGGACUGUCGCUCCGCCUCCGGAGAGCGUCUGUUGACUCGGAUACUACAACCAACGAUGCCGAGCGAUCUAGGGAGAUUAGACACCAGAUGACUAGCCUGCGCUCAAGACUGAACGCCGUGGAUGAACGGAAAACCCAAGACCGCGCAUCGCUCAUGGAAGCUGCAAGGAGGAACGUCAAUGCGACCAUGCAUGAUAUGGACAUGAAUAUUUACAAUGAAACUGGUCGGCCUCCACCCUCCAUGCAGAAAGAAUGGGAGGAGGCAGCAAUGGAGCGCGCUCAACGUGAGGUGGCCGAAGACAGAGAAUACUACGAGACACCUGAUCGAGUCAACAUUGGUGGCGAGAAGUAUAUCCAGAUGACCGAUGUGGAGGCUCUCGCGCGCUCAAGGCUACAGCCAACCUUCGACGAGAUGUCGGAUCGUGCUGAGAAACAGCGAGCCAAGGAACUGGAAGCUCGUCUGGAUGAGGAAGAAAGGGAGCGGUACGAGGCUAUUUGGCACGAGCGGGAGCUUGAUACACUUGCCGAGGAAAAGCGUUACCGAGAGAUGCAGAAGCAGCAUCUGAAGGGAAAAGGUGAAAAACCAUGGCCGUGGAAGAGAAGGUCGAAGCGGUAUGAGGAUACCACCAGGCCUGUCGCUGAGCAGGAGGAGCCUCGUACCGCUGAUCAGAGAGCCACCGGAGCUGUGGCGCCCGAAGUCGAACCUGCACCUCAAGCGGCAGUUGCAACUCAAACUGAAGCUGUGACCCAGGCAGAAACUGUGCCUCAUGUGGCGACCGCACCUCAAAUGGAAUCUGUCCCUCAGGCGGAAACCGCACCUCAAGUGGAAGCCGUAUCUCGGGCUGAAGCUGUACCUCAAGCUGAAACUAUCUCCCAGGCCGCCCCGCAAGUUGAAACUGCACCCCAAGGUACAGCUACAGCUACAGCUACAGCUGCGCCUCCAGCAGAGACUGUGCCUCCCGUAUUCGACACCGAACAAGCCCAACCCACUGAAGGUGAAGAAAGAGUUGUAGCUUCCGGAGCAGCAAGUGAAGAACCUACCCUUGCGAGGCAAGAGUCAAAGCUCAAGUCCUGGUUCAAAGACCGAGUGAGCCGUCGAUCGACUGGAAGUGGGCCCGAAUCACUGAAAGACAGGGAGGAUGAAGGGGGAAUUCCUGCAAGCACCGGAUUCGCUGGAGGUGCGGCUUUGGCCGAGACUGACUCACGAGCAGCGGCGCUUAGAUCUCACCCAGUGACGGGUAAUGAUCUUGUUCUGAUGCAGCAGAGAAUGUCGGUUGACGAAGGCAAUUUAGGAAGAUCCAGGAUCGGGAGCGAUGAUGCCGCACGGCGUGGGUCGAGCAGCACAGCUGAGCACAAUGGUGAGGACCGGCGACCCUCUCGGCUGAGAUCCAGCUUCAUGAAAAUCUUAUCUGGAAACUCACAAGAGAACAAGACCAACGGCGUCUCUAAGGCAAAUGACGAAUCUCGGACCGCUUCGGAGACGGCCGAACAGAGCGCCCUGUCGAGUCGAAAAGCAUCCACAGCACCCACGCUCGAGAGGGAUGAGUUGCGAGGAAGUGCUAGCGAUCAGGGACUCCCUGUGCCCCCGCCCAUUGGCAAGUACGCAACCAACGGUAGUCGGGGAUCUCGAUUCUCUGAAGAUCUGUGA